AUGUCAUCGAACCAGAAUCUGGCUGUGUACUGGGGUCAGAACUCGUAUGGAGCUGUGAAUCCAACCGAUACUGCAAAUUGGCAGCAGCCGAUCUCUUACUAUUGCAAUGAUACCGUGAUCGACACCUUCCCGGUAGCCUUUCUAGACGAGUUCUACUCAACAGGCAAUCUCCCGUCCAUCGACCUUGGAAACGCAACCGAUGAUCCUGUUUUUCCAGGGACGAACCUCCUCAAUUGCUCAUUCCUCGCAUCAAGUAUCGAGUUUUGUCAAGCUGCCGGAAAAAUCGUAACGAUGUCAUUGGGAGGAGCAACAGGUUCUAUCGGCUUUACAAAUGACACCGAAGCAACGGCAUAUGCCCAGACAAUCUGGGAUCUUUUCCUGGGAGGUUCGAGCAGCAUGCGUCCUUUCGGGUCCGCUGUUUUGGAUGGCAUUGAUAUGGACAUCGAAGGUGGCUCUCAGACUGGAUUUGUAUCUUUCUUGUCUGCCCUUCGUACCUUGAUGGACGGUGGCAGUAAGCCGUACUACAUCACUGCGGCACCUCAAUGUCCUUACCCCGAUGCCUACAUUGGUACUACUCUGGAUCAGUUUGGAUUUGACGCUGUAUAUGUCCAGUUUUAUAACAACUAUUGCGAAUUGACGAAUUACAACGACACGAAUGAUUGGGACUUUAGUACAUGGGACAACUGGGCAGAGACAGUAUCCCCCAAUUCAAAUGUCAAAGUCUACAUUGGUGCCCCAGCAUCAACGAGUGCAGCCGGAUCCGGAUAUGUCAGUCCAUCGACGUUUACCCCAAUCAUCCAGCAAACAAUGGCCCAAUAUUCAUCUUUCGGAGGCGUCAUGCUGUGGGACGCGUCUCAGGCGUACGCAAAUGGUAGAUACGACAUUUCUGUCAAGGAUUCACUGCUAGGCGUUGUGUCUGCCCCUCCGCCGACGACUACGACUACGACCAUGACCACGACUGCGCCGACUACUGCCACAACGAGCACCAGCACAACGUCAAGUCCUUCUCCCACAACAACAUCUGGGACUGCUUCCUGCACUGGUGUGGCAGCAUGGCAAACCGGUGUUGCUUAUGUUGGAGGCGACGAAGUCACUUAUGGCGGGGACCUCUGGACUGCAAAUUGGUGGUCGGAAAAUGAUAUUCCGGACGGCACUUCCGGUGACUGGACGAACGAUGGCGCAUGUGUAUAA